UCCUUUUUCACUGCGAAACCUCAUAGCUCAACCUCACCUACGAAAAGGAAUCUUGGAAAGCACACCUUUUUUUUUCUUAAUUUUUUGUUAUCUAAAUUCUUAUCAGAAAUCCAAAAAUAAGAGUAGCCACAAUUCGCCGCGUGUGUACGGUAUCCAAAGAUUCCCUACCUUAACCCGGUAACUCGCCGAUUCACACUCGAAUUUUAGAGUUUUUUACUCGUUUAUUAUUCACCGAUUUUUCCGAGUUGACUCAAAUAUGCGACGACCCGAAAUAUGAGUAACCGAAUCUGAAUCUGAAUUUAUCUUCUUUCUUCAUCUCUCUCUAUAUAUAUAGAGACCGGUCGUUUCUCUUUCUCCGUUCAUUUGCUUGUUUAUCUAGGCGAUGUUAGAAAGUAGAAUACGCAUACAAUCUCCGGGAAAAUAAGAAGCGAGAAAAGGGAGGGAAAAUGGAGCUGAGCUUGGAUUUGGGCUCGGUCUAUGUCCCUAAAACUAUUACUGAGUAUCUUAGAGAGGUCUCCAAGGUUAAAGAUAGCAGCCAGAAAUUAUCAAAGCUUGAUGAUUAUGUCAAAAAAUUAGAGGAUGAGAUGAGAAAGAUCGAUGCUUUCAAACGUGAACUCCCUCUUUGCAUGCUUCUCUUGAACGAUGCUAUUGUGAGGCUAAAGGAGGAGGCAAUGCAGUGCAAGAAAUUAGAGGAUAGAGCUGAGAUAGAGGUUGAUGUAUCAGUGAAAGAAGAUUAUUCUGGAGCAGAUGGAGGAAAUGAUAUGAGGGAUAAGAAGAACUGGAUGAGUUCUGUUCAACUUUGGAAUACUGGCGAUGUUAACUCUGAUUCCAAGCAACAUGACUCCAAAUCAGAAACCAAACAGAGAAGUGAAGAAGAAGAUGAUCGGUCCACUUGCGAGAACCCAGUUCAGUUGUGUAAUUACAGAAGCAAAGGCGGGGCAUUUAUGGCGUUUAAGGCACUUCCAGUGUUUGAUGGGACCGGAAGGAAGGAGGAGAAGGAAGUUGUUUCGCAAGUUACCGGACUUUCUCUUAUGACUCCAGUAUCUGAAUUUGGUUCCGGCAAUUUGAUGUCAAAAAGCAACGGCAAUAUUCAAAUGAAGAUACAGAAUAAACCCCUACAGCAGCAGCAGCAGCAGCCUUCUUACAAGAAACAAAGGCGGUGCUGGUCGCCGGAGCUUCAUCGACGUUUUGUUGAUGCCCUUCAACAACUUGGUGGAUCUAAAGUGGCCACUCCCAAACAGAUAAGAGAACUCAUGCAAGUGGAUGGCCUCACCAAUGAUGAAGUUAAGAGUCACUUACAAAAAUACAGGCUUCAUAUCCGUAAACUUCCUGCUUCUUCUGCUGCCCAAGCAAAUGGCUUAUGGAUGGUUCAAGAUCAAUGCAAAGAUCCAUCAAAACCAACUAUUUCACAGUCUAAUUCUCCUCAAGGACCCUUCCAUGGAUGUGGAUCUCUCAAAGAUGUCUCUAGCACUGGAGGGGAUAGCAUAGAAGCGGAAGAUGAUGACGUAUCGGAGAGCCAUAGCUGAACUGGUAGGCUGCAAACGGCUCGAGAAGUUGAUGUAUAGUGGUAACUAAACUGAUGCUGAUACCCGUGAAUUUUGCAGAUAUAAAUAUACAUGGGGAAUCACAUUGUUGUAAAAGUAAGAAUAGUGAAGUUGACAGAUAUAGGAUUCAAGAUUGGAGUUGAAAAUUUUUUUUCUUCUUUAACUAAGAGAUGAUAUACACAUCAAAGAGGAUAUUUGACAGAUUUUGCGGAUAUUACAGUCGGGGUUUAGUUUUUCUCCAAACUUGAGCUCUGUGUCUUCCUAUCAGAUCUUUGUUGUUCACCAGUUUAUUAUGUAAUGCAUAUUGACAGAUUCUGGGAUGUUCCAUCACAAAUUCUGAUUACAUCUAUCUGGUUGAUGUUUCUUC